AUGUCUUCCCUCCCAAUUACACAGAGGGCAGCAAUGCUUGAGCAGCACGGCAAGCCUCUCGUCAUUAUUGAAGACAGACCCAUCCCAGAAGCCAUUCCUGGCAGUAUUGUCGUCAAAGUCCUCGCCACACCAUUAUCACGCUACGCAAGAACCGCAUUUGAUGGUACAAUUCCUGCUCCCACUCUCGACCCGCCCUUUGUCCCAUGCCCAAGAACUCUCGGUUAUGUGCACAAAAUUGGCAGUGGCACAACAUCCUUCAAGGAGGGGGACUUGGUGCAUGUCGAGCCUGUAAUCAUGGCUCGCGAUGAUCCAAACGUAUUCAUCAUGCAGGGCCACAUCAAGGGGCCGCCUGGCGACAAGACAGACAGAUUGGCCGAAGGAGAGUUUCGCGACGGUGCUCUUCAACAGUAUCAACGUGUUCCGCUCGAGAACAUCUAUCGUAUAGACGAGACACUCGUCCGAAAGCUAGGCGUCGACCUGAUCAACCUCGUCUCUAUUAGCACGUUUUCUCCAGCCGCCGGUGCCCUAUUUGAGUCAGCGAAGCUCAGGUUCGGCGACACAAUCAUCAUUGGACCAUCGGGCGGAACGUUUGGUGGAAGCGCUGUUGAGCUGGCCCUAGCGGUCGGGGCAAACGUCGUUGCCCUGGGACGAAACGCGGAAUUGUUGCAAACCAUGGAGCAGAGCUUAAAGUCUUCUCGGCUUAGUGCCGUUCUCAUGACGGGCGACGUCGAAACUGAUGCCGCUGCCAUUCUCGCGGCCACACCUGGAGGUGUCGCCGUCGCUCCCUUUCUACCAUCGGCUAUUCGCGCGCUCAAACCCGGCGGGCGAAUCGUAGUCAGCGGUGGAGCUUACGGCUGCUUGGAGGUUCCGUACAUAUCGAUGGUGUUCAAAAGGCUGUCGGUCAAAGGGUCCUUCAUGUGCAAUCGCGACUCUAUGAUAAGGCUGAUCCACAUGAUCGAAUCAGGACAGCUCGACAUUAGCACUGGAAGUGGUACUCAGGCUCGAAAGUUUGGGCUCGACUAG